AUGCUGAAAGUGAAGAAGGAAAGGAAGAAAGAGAUUUUUCAUCGGAGUAGUAUCGCAGAUCUUAAUUAUCACAUUGAAGAUAAUGAUUUAUCGUCAGAUUCGGAUGAAACGGUAGAAGAGAAUGAAGAAGAAAAUAUUUCACGUAAAUCAAACCAAUUUACACGUAAGAGGAAAAUGCAGCCAGAACUUUGGAAAUCGAAUGUAGCAAAACGUCUACGAAAUGCAGGGAAAGAAUAUGUAGGCAAAAAUAAUAAAGUUAUACGAGAGAGACGAUUAGGACCAGGAUGUACAGAAAAAUGCAAGUUAAAGUGUAACACAAAGUUAGAUGAUGAGACUCGACGCCAUAUUUUGACGCAUAUUGUAAAUUACCUGAUUUGCACAGUAAAAGAACUUUUGUAG